AUUAGUAAACGUCCCAGUGACUGCUUCUAUUUCUCCUGGGAGCUGCAGCUGUACUGUUACAGCCAGCAUUCUCUCACAUAAGUAACACCAAAACAAUUGGAGGACGCUCCCUGUCGGGACAACUUUCAAGAAGAGAAUGAUGAAGCAGGUGUUGAUUGGGAUUUUGUGCGGAGCUGUCAUACUGACUGUGGGGAUUCUUAUUGGAAACUAUGGUAUCGUAAAGAGCAGCAGCUCUGCACCGUCCUGGGUCAAAGAUGUGGUGAAGGAUGUGGAUGAGAGUUUUAUUGAGAAGUUCUUGUCUGAGGUGGACAACAUUCAGAUUCAGGAGAACCUCCGGGAGCUGACCAAAGUGCCCCACAUGGCCACCACAGCUGGAGACGAGCAGACCGUGCAGUAUAUGCUGAAAAGAUGGCAGGACCCCAAAACCGGUCUGGAUGAGGCCUGGAGAGAGGAAUACAUGGUCUACCUGUCAUUUCCUGACCCCAAGAAACCCAACAAGGUCACUGUAGUGAGCCCGUCUGAAACCGUGCUGCACACCGUCAGAGAAAAAGAGAAGAGCUACACUCCAGACCAAGAUGAUCCUGAGGUGGUUCAGCCAUACGCUGCAUACUCCCCUGCUGGAAACGUAAUGGGGAAAUUGGUGUACGCCAAUCAGGGGAAACUAAGUGACUACCAGGAGCUGAAUAAGACACUGGACCUCAGUGGAACCAUCGCUAUCACCAAAUAUGGUGGAGCAGGAAGAGCUGAUAAGGCCAUCAACGCAGCACCCUUUGGCGUCGUUGGUGUGCUCGUUUACACAGACCCUCUGGACAUCAACGAUGGUCUCAUGUCUGACAUUAAUGAGACUUAUCCACACUCAUGGUAUCUGCCGCCCUCUGGUGUGGAGAGAGGUUCCUUUAACACUCACUAUGGAGACUUACUCACACCCUACCUGGCAGCUAAAGAGAAAACCUACAGAAUUCCAGUUAAGGACAUUACUGGGAUUCCUCCUAUUCCAAUUCAACCAAUCGGAUUUGAGGAUGCCUUCAUACUUAUCUGUGAGCUUGGCGGAAAAGCAGCACCCAAAACAUGGCAGGGAGGAUUCAACUGUACCUACAACUUUGGAGGUCCAGGGUUCAGGAGUACAUCAGAUUUUAAUGCCAGUGAUGUGAAACUGGAUAUCUUCAACUAUGGAGAAGUGAAGAACUCCUCCAAUGUGAUGGGCAUUAUCAGAGGGAGUGUAGAGCCAGACAGGUAUGUGAUCUAUGGGAACCACAGGGACAGUUGGGUUCACGGUGCCAUCGACCCCAGCAGCGGGACGUCGGUCAUGCUGGAAUUGACAAGAGUACUGGGCCAGAUGGUGAAGCAGGGAAAAUGGAGGCCUCGCAGGUCAAUGAUCUUUGGAAGCUGGGGAGCGGAGGAGUUUGGCCUUAUUGGGUCUGCAGAAUACACAGAGCAAUACUUCACAAAGCUGAGUGAACGCACCAUUGCUUAUAUCAAUGUGGAUAUAGCUGUCUUUGCCAAUGCCACCCUCAGAGCCUCGGGGAUGCCAUCAGUACAGAACGUCAUCUUUAAAGCCACAAAACAGGUCAAAGCACCUGGAAGUGUCUCCUCGUCUGUGUACGACAACUGGCUCAAGUAUUCCAAUCGGACAAGCCAAGAACACGGAGUCAUUCCCAAGAUGGGAUACCUGACAGGAGCAGGGAGUGACUAUGCUGCCUUUGUCCAUUACCUGGGAAUCACUUCCAUAGACAUGUCAUACACAUAUGACAGGAGUAAAACAAAUGCUCGGAUUUAUCCUGCUUACCACACAGCCUAUGACACCUUCGACUAUGCCUCAAAGUUCAUUGAUCCAGGGUUUACCAGUCACCAAGCUGUUGCCAGGACAGCAGGAAACAUCUUGAUCCGAUUGGCUGACAGCCUGGUAUUGCCAUUCAUCUGCAGUGACUACUCUGAAGUCUUAAAGGCCUACCUCAAUAUAGCAUUGCACCUAUAUAAGACCCAACUGCAAGCUAGAAAUAUUUCCAUGGAACCACUGGAACGCGCAGUAGAAAGCUUUACGAGUGCAGCAUCUCAUUUGGAUCAGGUGAUUCAAAGCUCAGACCUGGCAAAUGAAACACCACUGAAAGUCAGAAGGAUUAACGACCAGCUCAUGCUGCUGGACCGCGCUUUCUUGAACCCUCUUGCAUUCCCAGAUAAAUAUGCAUUCAGACAUGUAAUCUGGGCUUCCAGCAGUGCCGGAAAGCUAACCUUUCCUGGUCUUGCUGAUGCUUUUGUCAAAGCUGAGUCAUCAGGACAAUCCAGCGACUGGGACAAAGUGCACUACCACCUGUCAGUACUGAGCCAGGCCAUUGAGGGCGCCGCCAACACACUGGUGGAUGUAAUAUAGGGGAGGAGAAGGAGGAAAAAAAGCUGCUAUAACUCAGGGAUUUCUUUUAAUAAAACUCAGGGACUUUCAGCCAAUGAGAACCAGUUAGACAGUCAAUGAUGGGACUUUUUUAUGGAUGAUUUUAAGUGAAGCGGAACAAUGAUUAAAGGUCAUGAAACACUUUCAUGAAUGAUGUCUUGACACUGCCACAAGUAUAAAAUGUUUAUAAAUGAAACUUAUUAAAGUGCUGCAGUGAAGAUGAACCAAAGUCUGAUCUUCAUUUGCCCCCACAAUGUUCUGCAGAUAGAGCUCUCUUCUUCCUGCAUUAAAUGAAGUGCUGCUUUGGCAGGUCUGGAUAAUGCUUUUUUGCUGCCACCAGGGGUCAGAAUAUGCUUUGAGACAGUCACAUGGAAAGUUUCAACAUUUGGGAUUAGAGGUGUUGGUGUUACAAACAUAGAGGCAAAAGUAGAUACAAACCCAGUCACCCAAUUUCCCACCUCCGGAUAAUGCUGCGGAUAAUAUUCUUCUGCCUUUAAAUAGUAUUGUUAAAUGAACAGAUGUUAAAGAGGGUUGGAAAGAAAGAGGCAGCAUGACAAUCUGUACCCGGUUCGAGCUCUCUUUCCUGUUCAGGCUCUGGUGUAGAUACAGGACUGCUGUUUUUUUUUAUCCUGGUUAAAGUUUAUUGAGUCAGUCACACCCAUAUGAGCCGCUGCAGAAGCCCAGCUCGGUGUGUAAAUGAAUAACAGUCUGUUUGUGUGGGUUGGUGGAUGAGAUGGGUGAAUGGGUUCGUCUAUUUUUAACCAUUCCUCUUUAAAAAGGAUGGGCUCCUGGUUAUUCUCAAAAUUGCGUAGACCGAUAUAGAUAUGACGUUAGAUUUGUCAGGAUUGCAAGGUUUGAGAGAUUCGAUUGAGGCAAUAAAAGACACCUCAGAUAGGUAAGCUAGAGGGGAAUGAGUCACACGAACUGCAGUAUAAAUGAGGCGGCGCCUGCAAGCUGGUUCAGGCAGACCACUCAUACUGCACUGAUUUCACACUUGACAUGUGCAAUAUCCACAAUCACCUGACAACACCUUCUAAUUGAUGGUCUAAGUAGAGGAAGCCCGUUAACGCUUAAAUGUUUAUGUCAUACUGGUUUUAACGGCUUCUUUUUUGUGACUAUGAUAGCAUCGUUUUAUGCAUUACAAGAUUAAUCAUAUGAGCAGUCCAGUCUUUGUUAAAAGUAAUGAACUUUCUCCUCUUAACACUUAUUUGCUUGAAAAAAAUGCACACAAAUUCAAAAGCUCAUACUUGAUGUAGUCGUAAUCAGCAACUUCUGUAAGCGUGAUUAAAAACAUUUUUUUUUAAACCCA